AAAAGGCAAAAUUUGAGAAUUUCCUCUCUUUUCCCAUUUUCCUCCCUCUGUUUACUUUUCUAUAAAAGGAAUUACUGGAACGUCGUUGUCCAUUGAGAGUUUGAUCUUUUCCGUUGAACUGGACUGGACUGAGCUGAACAGGUACGUGAAUAACGAAGAAGUUUUGAAAGGAACCGGAGGCCCCACUUGCGUGUGUUUGUGUGAUUUCCUCUCCAUCUUAUCGUCCAUUUCUGUCUUUUGAUUUGAUCCCAUUUCCAAAGGCCCCUCACCCGCUGCCCAUUGCCUGUGUUAUACGUUGAUCUUAGCUGUCUGUCGCAUAUACUGCCUGACUGUUGUUGUUUCCCCUAGGGCCUUGAUUUGAAAAAUGUGUGGAAUUUUUGGUUACGUCAACUACUUGGUUGAGAAGAGUAGAGGUGAGAUUGCAGAGACGUUGAUUGAAGGUUUACAAAGGUUGGAGUACCGAGGCUAUGACUCUGCCGGAUUGGCCAUCGAUGGCGAUAUACCUGACGAGACUUACAUUGUUCGUCAAAUUGGUAAAGUUGCUGCUUUGAAGAAGGAGUACGAGUCAAAGCACUAUAACCCUGACGUGACGUUUGUGUCCCACGCUGGUAUUGCCCAUACGAGAUGGGCAACCCACGGUCAGCCAAAAGUGGUGAACUGCCAUCCACAGAGAUCAGACGUGAAUAACGAAUUCGUCGUUGUGCACAACGGUAUCAUCACGAACUACAGAGAAUUGAAACAGCUAUUGCAAAACAAAGGCUUUGUCUUUGAAUCAGAUACCGACACCGAAUGUAUCGCAAAGUUGUUCAAGCACGUUUACGACACGAACAUUAAAAACGGUAACGAUCCGGACUUUAACGAGUUGAUGAAACAGAUCCUCAUUGAAAUUGACGGUUCGUACGGUUUGCUCGUUAAGUCCAUCCACUAUCCAAAUGAAGUUGUCGCCACAAGAAGGGGUUCCCCGUUGUUGGUUGGUGUGAAAACUGAAAAGAAGUUGAAGGUGGAUUUCGUCGAUGUCGAGUUCUCUGAUGUUCAAGAAGAGCUUAACCCAACACAGAAGAGUAUGGAAGCUGGUCAAUUCGUUCCAGUUGCCUCUGGAGAAUCUGCAUUGAGACAAUCUCGUUCAAGAGCUUUCUUGUCUGAAGAUUCUAUGCCACAACCAACAGAGUUCUUCCUCUCCUCCGAUCCUUCAUCCGUUAUUCAGCACACUAAAAAGGUGUUGUUUUUGGAAGAUGACGAUAUCGCACACAUCUAUGACGGUGAAUUGCACAUCCAUAGGGCCAGAAGAGAUGGUAACAUGUCUGCAACUAGAUCCAUCCAAACCUUGGAGAUGGAAUUGGCACAAAUUAUGAAAGGUCCUUAUAAGCAUUUCAUGCAAAAGGAAAUCUUUGAACAACCAGAAUCAACGUUCAACACAAUGAGAGGUCGUGUCGACUUCCAGAACCAUACAGUGACAUUAGGUGGUUUGAAAUCCUGGUUACCAACUAUCAGACGUUGUAGAAGAAUUAUCAUGAUUGCCUGCGGUACAUCGUACCACUCUUGUCUAGCUACGAGAUCGAUUUUUGAAGAGUUGACAGAGAUUCCUGUAUCCGUGGAGUUGGCAUCGGAUUUCUUGGAUAGAAGAUCACCAGUUUUCAGAGAUGACACUUGUAUCUUUGUAUCACAGUCUGGUGAAACUGCAGACUCAUUGUUGGCUUUGCAGUACUGCUUGGAGAGAGAUGCGAUUACCGUCGGUGUUGUUAACUCUGUUGGUUCCUCAAUCUCUCGUCAAACCCACUGUGGUGUGCAUAUCAACGCUGGUCCAGAAAUUGGUGUUGCAUCGACCAAGGCUUAUACCUCUCAAUUCAUCGCUUUGGUUAUGAUUGCACUUUCUCUCUCUGAUGAUCAUGUCUCUAAAGUCCAACGUCGUCAUGAGAUCAUUGACGGAUUGGAGAAAAUUCCAGAACAAAUCAAGACUGUUUUACUGUUGGAAGACAAGAUUAAGAAACUCUGUACCGAGGAACUUGCUAAUCAAAGAUCUCUUUUGCUGCUCGGUAGAGGUUAUCAAUUUGCGUCCGCUCUCGAGGGUGCCCUUAAAAUCAAGGAGAUUUCAUACAUGCAUUCUGAAGGUGUCCUUGCCGGUGAAUUGAAACAUGGUGUCUUGGCACUUGUUGAUGAUCAAUUGCCAAUCAUUGCAUUUGCUACUCGUGAUUCUUUAUUCCCAAAGGUUAUGUCUGCCAUUGAGCAAGUCACUGCUCGUGCUGGUCGUCCUAUCAUUGUUCGUAACGAAGGCGAUGAAAGCAUCAAGAUUGAAUCUGCAUUGGCGACGUUAGAGGUUCCGCUGACAGUUGACUGCUUGCAAGGUUUGUUGAACAUUAUCCCACUACAGAUGAUGUCGUAUUGGUUGGCUGUUAAUAAGGGCGUUGACGUUGACUUCCCAAGAAACUUGGCAAAAUCCGUCACGGUUGAAUAAAUGUGAUUUCUUCGGUUGUCAUAGAUAUGAUUGUGAUUUAAUUCUAUUCAAAUUAUGGGA